CAUCAAAAUGGGUGACAGUGACAAGUUUGUUAAAAAAAAGUUGUCAUUAAAUAGACAGCGAGUUAGGAAUCAUCGUACAAAAAUGAAAAUGGCAAAGGAGGCUGAAAAUAGUGGCAAUAAUCUAGUAGUAGAACAUGAAUUACCGCUUGCACCAAAAAUACAACAUUUAGAAGACAAAACAGAAAAAAAUCAAGGAAACCGAUGUGAAAUUAUACAAGAACCACUUUUUCCUGAUCAAAGCAAAACAGUUGCUGAGAGUACAUCAAUUGUUGACGAUAAUGAACCUGCAAUUAGCAAUCAUGAACGAUUUUCAUCUGAUGAAAGUAGCAGCGACAGUGAUGGUGCAGAUGAAUGUGAAAGUGAAACUGAUAACAAGUACGAAGAGACGCCUUUUGUGAGAAAUUUGAAAAUAUGGUACUUCAAUCAUAUAAUUUCUCAAACUCACUUGGACAAACUUUUAAAAACUCUCAAGCCAUACCACCCAAAACUUCCUGAAUGUUCUAAAACUUUUUUAAAAGUAUCUGCUGUUGAUAAAUGCUAUGAGAUUACAAAAUUUUAAGAAAGUGAUCCUACAAAUGAUUCACAAAUAGUGUAUAUAGGUAUAGCGAAAAAUCUAAGAAGAAAUGUGAACAUAAAUUUACAUAAUGAACUUGUACUUGUGUUACAAUUCAAUGUAGAUGGUCUACCGCUCUUUCACUCCAGUAACGUUGAAUUUUGGCUUCUCUUGGGGAGAAUUGAAAGCAAGGAUGUACUGUAUGAACCAUUUAUUAUUACGGUUCAUAGUGGAAAGGGCAAACCCACCUGUGUCAAGGCUUAUUUAAACGAAUUUAUUGAAGAAAUAAAUAGUCUUUUAAAAGAUGGCAUUGAUAUAGAUUGUAAACACUUUGACAUCCAAGUGAAGUGCUUCAUUUGUGACAGGCCUGCCCGGACAUUUGUUAAGUGCAUCAAAGGACACACUGGAUUUUAUGCGUGUGAAAGAUGCCAUGUCAAGGGAUACAAAGAGAAUAAUCGUAUGCUGUACCCAGUUGAAGAUGUAACAGAGAACUGAUGCUUCAUUUAGAACACUGGAAAACAACGAACAUCAUCAUGACAUAUCUCCUUUGACUUUAAUCAAACCAAACAUUGACAUGGUCAAUAGUUUUGUUCUUGAUUUCAUGCACUUGGGCUACUUAAGUGUAAUGAAAAAAAUAUUGACAGAGUACUGGAUAAAAAGUACAAAGAAAAUGUGCACCAGACAAAAUGUCUUGCAAAUUUCUCAACGAUUGACAAAUCUCUCCAAAGCAGUUCCAAUUGAGUUUCUGAGAACAACAAGAUCACUUGGAGAAACAGGAAAAUGGAAAGCCACCGAAUACAGGUUCUUUUUACUAUACGCUGGUAUGUUUAUAAUGAAAGGAAUCUUAUCAGAAGACUUGUACAAGCAUUUUUUACUGUUGGUUAUGGCUUGUCGCAUUCUUUGCUGCAAAAAAUCUUGUCAGCAAUAUGCAGACCAUGCAGAAGUAUAUUUGAAACAUUUUGUUCUGUUAUCUAUGAAAUUAUAUGGAAACGAAACAUUAGUUUUAAUUAGAAGUGGCAACAAACCUUUGGAACAGUUAUGUCGAAGACUUCAACAAGAAGAGCUGUAUACGAAACCAAAGGUAAUGAGAUUAGGAUUAUGUCAAAUACAUAAAAAGAAAACACUGAAAGAUAAAGUAAAAAUUAAAAGCAUUCAAUUUCGUAACUGCCAAGUAACUACAAAGACUCCAAAUAAUUAUGUUUUAUUAAAGAAUGGUACGAUAGUUGAAGUUUUUCAAAUUUAUUCUAAUGAAGAAACAGAAGAUUUGAAAAAAAAUCAUCAUCAGAGGAAGAUUAAUAGAAAUUAUUAGACCUGCUUUACAGUAUCCAUCCGAUUCAAGCGUCAUUGAUAUGUUUGAAGUAAAAUCAACGAGUACAGCAGAAAUAAUUGAAGCUUUAUUAAACGAUGUUAAGUGUAAGAUGGUAUUCUUAACCAUUUUUGAAUUACCACAAGAUGAACGGGUGUCAUAUGCUGUCCCACUGCUACAUAAUUAUUGAUAAUGCUAUGCAGCAAGCUUACAAUACUCAAAACCCUGAAGUCAUCACACCAAAAGGUUUAUUAUCAAUAAUAGGAACUGUAAUAAAUAAUGCUCCGGACUGGAAUGGUGGUCGUGCGGAAAGAAUGAGAAGAGCCUUAAAAAAUGAAAAAACUGUUCUACUUUACUUUUUUAGAAACCAUU